AUGGCGUCGAUGCUGACCGACAAGCCCAACAACGUGCAGUGGAAGCCCAAGCUCCGCAAGAAGGACGUGUCGUACUAUAUGGACGAGACCAGCGUCAAGCCUGGCCAGACGAGGUUCUGCUGCGUGAGCCACACCCACGCGACGGUGGAGGAAGUCAUGAAGCUCUUCGUGCUGUCCGACACGGAGUCGGUCAAGCGCAACAACCGCGUGCUGUCCGACAGUCUCCUGGAGGCUCGAGUUGUGUCGGUGCUGCGCCGACCGACCAACGAGCGGCCGAUGAACUCCAUGUACGUGCGGUACUCGAGCUACCAGGCACCCGGUCUCAUGGUGAACCGAGACGUGUGCGUUGCUGUGGCCACCGACAUGAUCCGUCAGCCGGACGGAUCGACCAUCGGCUACUGCCUCUGGGACUCCGUGGACGACGCCGAGUUCGUGGGAACUAACAAGAAACCAGGGCUUGAGCCUUUCACGAUGUUCCGGUCGGGCUUCUUCCUCAGACGGUCAGGUCGCCGACACUCGUCCAGCGAUGACCCGAACCAGAACUACACCAAGAUCGUGUACAUGGUCGGCCUGGAGCCUGGCGGUUGGGCCCCCGGGUUCACUGCUCGCUUUAUGAUGGAGAAGUUCGGCUCGAACCUCACGCGCAUCUGCUCACACUUCCGCCGUAAGAGUCUGGACUCGCGCACGUUCGUGAUGAAGACCCAGUGGCGCUCCAAGAUGUCGGCCAAGAGCUGCAAGGAGUGCGAGAAGCCCUUCCAAGUGCUCUCGAACCGAGUUAACUGCCACGCGUGCGGCCACGUGGUCUGCAGAUCCUGCGCGUCCAAGGAGAUGGUGGAGCUGCACGCGGUGGGCAUCGUCCCCAUGCACAUCUGCUUCUCGUGCCUCGACAAGGCUGGUCUUCCCGCUCCUGCGUCGUCGUCUCAGAACGCUCGAUCCAGCUUGAGGAGAAGGCGACUGCAGUCGGACAGCGCGGCGUUGAACCGAGCAGCAGCCCAAGCACAAGCAGAGGCGCUGUCUCAGUCGCAGCCGUACCAACAGUCGAAGUCGGUCGUAGACAGCGAUUUGAUCGAAGAGGACGAGGAAGACGACGACACGGACACUGGCGAGUGGUCCUUCACGCCCUCGGGCGUACCGGUGAGGCCCUAUCGAAUGGCAACAGCCCCAACGCCCAAGUAG